AUUAAACCUGACAAAAACACUCGCAGUUAGUAAUUUCUAAAUGUGUUCACCACCAAUCAUAUUUUGAGUGGAAUUAUCAACAAUUUUUUUUCCCAGUGUACCUUUAUAGAGAAAAGCAACUUACCGCCUCGUUUGCUCGAAGAAAGAAUGGCGUCGUCACUUCUCGAGUCAGAAGUCACUGAGGGGCGGAGUUCAGACAAUUCGGCUGGUUUUUUAUUCCGCAUUUUUAGUGUAAAAGUGAAAUUACACCAUAUAACAACAUUGAACAUGAGUACUGUUUAACACUGUAGAUUGUUAAUUAAACUUUUUGGGAAUUAAUAACUUUUAACACUACAAAUAUUACACUGCUGAUUUUACUGAAAGCCCUGUAAGAACCAUGCUAUGACUUCAUCUCCGCCAAAAGAACGACCGCGAACUGGACGUUCUUUUCAAAUGGAAAUCAAGCAGCUAAUCAGGGCUGGCUCUUGAUAUUGUACCUUAACCUUUAAAAGAAAUGGUACAUAAAAGUAUCUUUUAUUGCUUGGGGACAUAUAUGUACCUUUUUGACCCUCAAAAAGAAGGUACCGUAUUUUCCGGACUAUAAGUCUCACUUUUUUUCAUAGUUUGGCUAGUCCAUGACAUAUUUUUGGACUGAUGCAACUUAUACUCAGGUGCGACUUAUAGCAAAGAGUAUAGAAGCCAAGAGGCGAAACUCAAUAGAACGCUCCAUAGCAACAUUUGUCCCCAUGACGUGACGGCGCGGCCGCCAUUAUGGACCGAAAACUGAAGCAAAACGCCGAGAAAUAAUGGUUGCAUUUGUGUUACUUCACGUUUGUAAACUACUUUACUCUAAAUUUCAAAUGAGGAAUAUAGAAACAACAAAAGAAUACGUGGAUGUGUCCAAACUGGUACUUAACUGAUUUUAUUUGAUAUACCGCAGAAUAUUUGUAGAAACUUUCCACAGCUUUUUCAUUUUAUAUGCGAGUUCCCUAAAAUAGUUUAAUGACAUCACAUAUAAUGUAGACCAUAUGUAUUUAUAUAGCAUAUUGAAAACGGGGAUGUUGAGGUCAUUUCACCAUAAGGCAAAAACAAAACAAAAACCAAAAAAACACUAUUAUUAUUGAAUGUCACUGGGUUAUGUUUUAUGUAGUCUCGCAUAGCUAGACCUUUAGACUGAUAGCUUGAAGGUGUGAUAUAUGACAGCUUUCAUUGGCCAAGGCCCGCACAUGAGGUCAUUUGACCGACAUGUCAAACAAACUAUCACAGUCACAAUUGUUUCGUUCAGCCUCACGUUUUGGGGCAUGGAAAUGUUGCCACAAUGACAGACAGGUGUGUAAAACUCUCCGACGUAUUUUAAAGAUUCUAUGUCGUGAACUUUAAAUAUUUUCGACAUUUUCAGGUAUUAUUUUAUGAUGGUUUACAUAGUAUCAUUAUUCUAAGGAUUUGAAUCAAUGAUCAUUCUUCAGGUUUCACAUAUUUUAGGGAUCAAUUAAGAAUCUACCCAAUAAUUUGAAAAUGCACAAUGAUAUUGAAAAAAAGGGAACGAUGCACAAGAAAUAGAAAUGGCGAUAUUUGUUUUCCUGUCCAUGUAACACUGACAAAACAAUCAAAUGACCACAGUUCCUCCCAGCUGCAGUAAACAUGAUGUUAGAUUUAAAGUACAGUUCCUGCAUUACCAUAUUAUCGACCAUUGGUCAUUAUCAACCACUAGUCUGGAUAGUGGGAAGGAUGGGAUAUCAGUGGACAAAUUGUCCAUAUCAGUCGACAAACUGAAGGUUGUUUGGAAGGAGAAGAAAGUUUUGCACAUGAAUAUAUUAAUUUUCUGUCUCACAUGUGUAACUCGUGGGAGUGUAUUUCUGCCUUCUUUGCUGUGAUGGAAGGAUGUGGUUUUGUUAAAUGAAACCUGCUUGCUGGUGCUAUUAAUGCAUAGACGAGGAAGUUUGUGCAAGUGAAUGGGACAGUAUCUUUAGAUCAGACUUAUCACUUAAUCCAAAAGUCAUAAAGCAACAUCUGACACCUUCAAGACUUUUAAAGCUCUAAUAACUGUAAAGAAACUGGAAUAUUUGGACUUCAGAACUGGAAGUAUGUCAUUUUGUGGGUAUUUCCUCACAGCUUUGAUCAUCCUCAAGCAGCAUUUUAGUGCUGCUGAAUACACUGUUCCACCGGCUCCUACACUGACACAGACAGACUCCAGAGACUCAUCGGUGGAGUUGUUGUGUCAGGCUCCAGAAGGUUAUGGUGGACUUGUAUUUAAGCUUUUCAAAAUACAAGAGCUGAUAGAUAAAGUUGAGCAUUCAAAUGAACAGCAAGCGGCUCGCUUUAUUCUUAAGGGAGAAGAUAUAGAAAAGGAGAUUUCUUACUGCUGUCAGUAUGACCUCAGCAUGAUCAGUCAAUAUAUGACACCAGAGAUGAAAGUGGUCUCAGUCAGUCCCCCUCCAUCCCCUCAACUGGUGGUCGAGCCCUCUAGUGGGCAGGUCAUUCCUGGUGACACACUGUCAUUCCACUGCCAGGCUCCACCUGACCCUCAGAAACAACCUCCUGAGGCUUUUCUUUUGCUCCGGAGAACCAAAGGAAACCCCAGCUCCGAGGUUGCUCCAGCACAGCAGCUGGUGUCUCAGUCCCAUGAAGCUCACUUCAGUGUGAAGACAAUGGGACUGGAGGAUAGUGGGGAGUAUGUCUGCCUGUACCAGCUCAAAUCAUCAAAGAUGGGACAAGUGAACUCCACAGCCAGUCAGCUGGUACACAUUACAGUCAUAGAGCUCCCAGUCCCCACUCUGUACUUGUCCCGACACAAGGGUGAAGUUCUGGUGUGUGUUGGGUCACCUUCAUAUCCACGAGGCUUCUUCUAUUUAUUUCGUGUUGGUGUCCCGUCACCUGAGGAGACCCAUCAGGCUUCCCUGACCCAACACUCUGCUAGAUUUCCCAUCCCCACCCGUUAUGAACAUGAUGCACAGUAUCAAUGUCAGUACAGCGUGUCACUGGGCAAAUCCAAUGCAUACUCUAAAAUGAGCUCAGCAGUAACUAUCCCAUGCAUUACAGGAUAUCAUAACUGCACACCGACCUCUACAGGCAGCACAGAUCUGGCUCUGAUUGGUGGCUCUGUGUCUGGGGGUGUUCUGUUCCUCAUGGUGGUGGCAAUCUUGGGCUUUGCCGUACACAAACAUUUCAAAAACAUGUCGGAGAGAAAGAGGCAAAGAGAUCAACUCUGGCAACAUGUUUCCUUCAGAGAUCAUACUGUUGACCUCACUCUGCAGCAUGUUGACAUUGAAUCUGAGGGCAGUGGACGAACACUUAGAGGAAGACCCUCAUUUUCAGAACCAAUUUACGAAAAUUUCAUGGCAACCUUUAAGAAUCCCUCUCUUUGCUGAUCUUUCUAUCUACUGUAUCUAUCUAUCCAUCAAUGCUACUGUACAUUUUGUGCUUGACAUAUUCUGACAUAUUAAAAACAUGCUGACAUAUUAAAAACAAAA